AUGAUAGACCACGUCCUUGGACGGCCGUCGGUCAAGUCGCGCCGCCUUCAGGUGCUGGCGGUGCUGGCUUUCUGGUCGGCAUACAUCUUUAGAGGACACCCUCACGGCCCUCCCGUCAUCCGCUUCUUCUCCAAGCUCACGACGAAGCGCCUCACGACAUGGCAGACCGUCGUCGUCACCAUGAUCUACCUGUACGCUGCCCGACACUUUAGCACUCUAGUCGGCCUUGCGAGUCCCGAGCCCAUGUCUAACAUGUACGACGCCACCUACUUCCGCGCAACCUGGAUCUUGACUGCCCUGGAUGCUGGCUUUUGGACCGCCAUGAAGAUCCGCGCAAAGUGGCUCCGCGACUUAGCCAGCAUCGUCUUCUCCGUAUUCUACAUGUUUGCCGCUGAAAAGGCCGACGAAAAGGUGCGCAAGGUGCGCGGCAUGUUGACCGUAGAGCACCUGCGCGUGUCUUGGGACAAAGGAACGACGCCAUACUUGAAAUUCUUCCAAGGCCUCAUGCGACCUCGCUUCUCCCGCUGGCCGCCGCGCGCACUCCGCAUUCCCAGGCCCGCUGGCAGCGACUACAAGGAGCCGGUGUCGGCCUGGCUCUACUUCGAUGGCCCAUUGACGGACCUCGUGCGACACAGUAGAAUUAUUCUGGAUAUCCCCGGUGGUGGGUUUGUGGCCAUGGAUCCUAGGUGCAACGACGACAAGCUGUUCGCGUGGGCAUCCAAGACUGGCAUGCCAGUUCUGAGCCUAGACUACAAGAAAGCCCCCGAGUUCCCGUACCCCUUUGCCCUGAACGAGUGUUUCGACGUGUACACGACACUCAUUCGCAGCAAGGGAAGAUGCAUCGGCAUGUCCGGAAGAGAGACACCCCGAAUCGUGCUUACAGGCGACAGCGCUGGUGGCAACUUGGCUACGGCAACAACUCUCAUGAUUGUAGAACGAACAUCAGUACCAAUGCGGCGCUAUUCGAGCACCGGAGAUCUGCCACUGCCCGAUGGAUUGGUCUUGUUCUAUCCGGCACUCGAUAUGAAUAUUGGCAACUGGAUGUCAGACGAACAAAUGUCGCUUAUGAAAGAUAGAAGGUUGAGGAGCACGAACCAAUCGAUCAUCAGGAGGAAGAGCAUGCAGUAUAACGACCUCGUCGGCACGCCCCAUCACACUGAUGACGAGGAAGAGGCCAACAAGCAGUCGACCGAGCUGACAGCAAAGGAGGUCCAGAUCGCCUCACAACAAGCGCUUGCUAGUCCCCAUCCCGAAUUUUCGCAUGGGGGGCCGCAGAGUGUGUCCAAUGCAGAGCUAUCAGCUCCGGAUAUCAAGCGUCAGCAGAGUGCAUCCCAUCACUCGGAACCGCUUCGAACCCGCCUUGCCAUGUCCUCCAUGAUCUCCUACUUUAACGAUCGCGUGCUCACGCCUGAGAUGAUGCGGGCCAUGAUUAUUCUCUACAUCGGUCCUCACAACCGGCCCGACUUCAGCAAGGACUACCUCCUUUCGCCCGUCCUUACCCCCGACUCCCUUCUCGCGCGUUUCCCCAAGGUCUACUUCCUGACCGGUGAGCGGGACCCCCUGGUGGACGAUACAGUCAUCUUCUCAGCCCGCCUGCGCAAGGUGAAGGAAACCAUGUUCGAUCAGGCUCAAUCCGAGCGCUCCGACUUUGGCGAUGGCCUCGAACCCGUCUUCAACCCCAAGGACGUCGCAGAGGUGAUGCUGAUCCCGGGCAUCUCCCACGGUUUCCUGCAGUUCCCGACCGUCUACCCACCCGCAUGGAAACACUUUGAGAGGUCGGCAGAGUGGAUCACGGAAAUCUUUGCCUCAGCGGAUGCCGCUCGGGAGCGGGAGAGCCGGGGUCGUCGACGAGUCGGCGGCGGGCCCAUAACGAACGGCAACAGCGAGGGAAGGCACCACAACCGCGCCGAAUCCAGCGGCGACGAGGACAGGCCGCUGGAGAUCAGUAUGACGAGGGCAAACCGCAAGAACACCCUGACAAGGGAGCCGCAGGCCAUGGACGAGAGCGAGUCCAUUGUAGACAAGGCCGAUGUCGGCAAGAAGAAGAACGGCCGCGCGAGGGGCGCGAGCAAGAGUGCGGGCGCGAGCCUUGUGAAGCUCAAGAGCACAGACGACUUGCUAGGUAGGAGAAUGCAGGGCCUCGCUGGCGGCUUGACGGGCGUUGGACGGGGACAGGAAUGA